GUUUUGUAGAUUAACCGACGACGCUCAAUUUGACAAGAUGAUCGCACUUUCCUUCUCUCGCAAGCCUUAUUUCUGGCCCUUUCACUGAUAAUUUGACCAAAUAGAGCAUCGCAAUUUUGUAUGAGGUUGGCUAGGACGCUGAUAGUUACAUUGGCUCUUGUUAAUAAGAAUAUCAUCUGCACUCGUGCUGAAGAUGGAUUUUUCAGCUGUACAGUUUGGGGAUGAAAUGCUUGGGUAUGAUGGGAGCAACACCUUUAGCGAAGAGGGUACAGCCUACGCAGAAAUAUACGGGGGGGAGGGUGGGGAAGGCUUCCCAGCUGGCGGUGAAUUUGCCCAUGACUCCCAAGAGGUGGAAUUCAUGAAUGGCGGAGACUACCAGGAGAGCCAGACGGUGUUGGUGGAUGGUGGCGACCGCUUUGGAGUGUCAGCCGUCACUGUGGACAGGAAGGAAGAGCUUGUCUGGAUGGGUAACUCAGGGGGACAUGUGACCUCCUAUCUCAGCACCGAACUCAUGAAGUAUACAUCGUUUCAAGUUCACGCUACAGAAGAAAUCCGCGAUUUAAGGUCAACUGACGCAGGUAUUCUGGCCCUCACACCUACUUCAUUAAACCUUUGGAGCAGACAGGGAAUCCCAGUCUUUUCCCAUAGAUCCCCACAGUUAGAGAACAUGCAGUGCAUGCUUCAGCUCGGCGGCAACUUUUCUCAUCGCCUUCUGCUCGGGGGUCAUCAAGGCUCCAUGGUGGAGUACGACCUCACACGGCAAGAGCAGACUCGAUGUCACCAGGUAGGUGAACAAGGCUGCGUGAUCUUGCGCGAUCAUGCACGUUUUGUGUGCCAUGGAGACUUAACAGGAAGGAUUGUCCUGCAUGAUCCUCGAACAAUGCGUCAGGAGCACUACUUCCAGGCACACACGGGAAGCUUGUCGGAUUUUGAUGUCCUUGGGAACUACAUUGCAACUUGUGGCUUCUCUAACAGGAUGGGACAAAUGAUGGGUGACCAGUUUGUUAUGGUGUUCGACUUGCGGAUGAUGAAGUUGUCCCUGCCUCUCAGGGCACUAGUCCCUCCUUUCCUCCUGCGGUUCGUGCCUGGCCUCUCAUCAUGCCUGGCCGUGGUCUCACCCCUCGGCCACUGGCAGCUCAUGGAUGCAGGUCAGCCUGAUAAUGCCAUCAUGAGCAUGAGCUAUCAGGUCAAUUGCUCACCAGAGAGUGUCAUCACAACAUUUGAUGUAGCAUCGUCAUCACAGGCUUUGGUAUUCGGUGAUAAUCUGGGGUCAUUGCAUCUCUUCAGCACAGGAAAUAAGCCAACUUUCAAUAACUUUUCACAAGAACUAAAAUCCCAAAAUCUGCCGGAAAAAGUGAGACGAUCCCCCCAAACAAUUCCCCUCGCCAUUGCCUCGCUCCCUAUGUACUACCCAACCAGUGCGUUAUUGUCAGACUGGCCAGAGCAGUAUAUGAGGGCACGGUACAGGCCAACCCCUCCUGUUGAUCCUUCUAUUCUAGCAAGCAUGAAGAUUGUAGGUUCCAUUGGCUAUGCACCAAAUUUACACAACAGGAAAAGGAAUCAGGUGCCUUACAAGUUCAGCAGAAACAAAGGACCAAAGUCAAACUCCAAUGAGAAUUCAACAGGCAAGAAUGAAGAUGGCAUUGCAGUGCAUGUUCCCUGGAGAUAUCGCAAAAUGGAGAUCAAAUACAGCAAGUUGGGGAUGGAUGACUUCGAUUACGACCAGUAUAAUCGCACAAGUUUUUCAGGGCUGGAUAUGUCUCUCCCUAAUUCGUACUGCAAUCCUAUGCUGCAGAUGUUCUACUAUGUUGCCCCUCUUCGAGCACUGAUGAUGUCCCACUUGUGCGAGAGAGAGUUCUGCUUGGUGUGUGAACUGGGCUUCCUGUUUCACAUGCUGGAUGUCAGCAUGGGCCAAGGGAUACCUUGCCAUGCAUCCAACUUCCUCAGAGCAUUUAGAACAAUACCUGAAGCAUCAGCCAUGAGUCUCACACUGUCGGAUCAGGAUAACAGGGCAAAGAUUAACUUUGCUUUGAAGAUUCAGAGUUGGAACAGGUUUGUACUACAACAGUUGCACACAGAAACGCUCGAAGAAAGAGUAUCUGCUGACGGACGACCGCCAUCUGUACCAGAGACCCCACAAGAGGCACUUACUGAAGACCCACAGGCCAGCCAACCCGUUGAGGUGCAAGUACCAGAAGAGAAAGCCAUUAUUAUAGAUGGCAAAACCAUUGAAUGCCAGGACAAGCGUGAGUUUUCACCUGUCGCUGACAUAUUUGGAUCUCACACUGUCAGCGUCAACAGAUGUACAAGGUGCAACCAUGAGAUCCACAAGGAAACCACGUCAUUACUUGUCAACCUUUCCUAUCCUGAAUUUAAUAGUGACUCCUCACCAGGCAGCAUCCCCUUCUCCUCUGUGGUGGAGCGCAGCAUGAGCCUGGAGCAGACGAGGCAGGCCUGGUGUGACUCCUGCACUCGGUAUCAACCCAUAGAGCAGUGGAGGCGCUACAAAAAGCUACCGAACAUCCUCGCCAUGAACUGUGGGCUUGAUAGUGCUCAGGACGUUAAGUUUUGGCGGCACCAGUUCGAGAUCUUGCUGACGGAGGUGCGUGACAAGCUGAAGAAGGAGGAAGGGGAGAAGAAGGAGGCAGAAGGCAAGUAUGGGUCAGAGGAGAGAGAAAACAGAUUCCCCGACAGAGUCACGCCGUCGCUGAGCACAGGUAGCCCAUCAACUCCCUCAAAGCGCUAUCCUGAGAAUUCUGCGCCUCAGUCCCAAGGGCGACCGUGCCGAUACGGUAAUGCUUGCUCAAGAUCUGACUGUAGGUUCUGGCAUCCAGGACGCGAUGGGGGAGAAGGUCAACAGCCAGUUCAUGUCCUAAGCCUUCUAGAUCAGACCAUGGAGUACUCAUGGGUGCCAUUGGGCAUGAGAGCAAAGCUGAAUGAAAAUGGGACGGUGUCCUUGUCCGACAUCAGCAAAGUAGAGCUUGAGGAGGGAGUUGAAGACGAGAGCGGUGUUAUCUAUGAUCUCGUGGGUGUCGUGUCGCACAUCUGUGACCCUCGUUACCCCGACAAAAACAACCUGGUGGCGUGUAUCAAGGUGGGCCCAAGCUACCACGUGCAAGCGAAGGUGUCGUCUGUUUCCCAUUGGUACCUCUUUAAUGAUAUCAGCAUUCAACCCAUAGCCCCUGAAGAAGCAGUUUGGUUCCCCUGCGGUUGGAAGACCCCGUGCGUCAUGUACUGGCAGCGCAGACAGUUGCCUCAAGAGAUACAGAACCUUGGGCCUGUUAACCCCAUAACAGCUGACGUGUUUGGAGAGGAUAAGUCUCUUGCUCAACGAGGAAGGAAAAGAAUCACUUUUACGCCUUUAACAGCAGACGAAAUGCCUGGGGAAGGCGAUUUGGUGGCCAUGGAUGCAGAGUUUGUGAACCUCCACCAAGAGGAAGCAGAGAUACGCAGUGAUGGUACACGGACUACCAUCAAACCUUCACAUAAAUCAGUUGCGAGAAUUACUUGCAUACGAGGACAAGGACCCCUGGAAGGUACCCCGUUCCUGGACGAUUAUAUAUCGACACAGGAGCAGGUUGUGGACUACCUAACACAAUUCUCUGGCAUCAAACCGGGAGACCUGGAUGCCAACUUCUCUCAAAAACACUUGACCACCUUGAAGAGUACGUACGUGAAAUUGAGAUACCUGGUCGACAAGGGUGUUAAGUUUGUAGGACAUGGACUGAAGAAUGACUUCAGGGUGAUCAACAUGACAGUGCCAAUGAGUCAGCUGAUAGACACAGUCCACCUGUUCCACAUGUCGCACAAUCGCAUGGUGUCACUCAAAUUCUUGGCUUGGCACUUCCUAAAACUCAAGAUCCAGAGCGUGACUCACGACAGCAUUGAGGAUGCCAGGACUGCCCUUGCACUGUAUCAGAAAUACUGCCAGCUAAAGGCCAGUGGAGACUUGGUGAUGGAACUGCAGAAUCUCUAUGAAGCGGGGAAGAAAGCCCAGUGGAAGGUCCCCGGAGAAGAAGAGGAGGAGUGAGUGGGGUCUCACUUUCCUCUCCCACAGGAAGGGGUGUUCCGAACCACACCGCUGUGAUCUCUGAAAGUCAAUAAAUGCCGAUGAUGCAGAAAAUUUUAAAUGUACAAAGCUGUAGGGUUGCAAUAACUUGCUGAGGUGGGAUGUUCAAGGAGCAGAUGAUUUUAAUUUUUUAUUUUUAUUUUUUUAUACAAGAAAUUUUUAAGGUUUUGGUUCCCAGGAUAUGUCUGCAAACUACCCGGCACAGAGAAUGGAUUUAGCCCAGUUGUCGAUGAAUGAUAUACCUCAUUGAUCUCAAGUUGCAAGUUACAAGUGAUAUGAUAACAAUACUCUCUCUCUUUCUCUCUCUUUUUAUAUUAAUAUAUUUCAGAAUUGGAUACUCUCUCGUUUUGAUUAUAAAAAAGAGGAAGAAGUCAUUGUUAAAAAAUAGUAAAAGAAAAGGAAAAAGUUGGGAAGAUUUAAUGAAAAAUCUUUCAACCAUCUGUUGGAACAGAUAAUUCACUCUCUGUGAUGUUUUGCACUUCUUUUCAUGAAUCAAAGACAAUAGAUAAGAUUUAGAAGUAUUGAACACUCACACCUAUUUUUUUAUGAUAUUUUUUGCUGCCAUACCAGUGUUUUGAAAAGAGUCGCAGGUGUAUUUAACUAAUGUUUUAACAAAAGCGUCUUUGAAUAUGUUUUUUUAAUGUAGUGUUUUCUUUUUGUUAUAUGUUUUUAAAAAUCAUCAUAACUGUUUAUUCAUAUAUAUUUUUAUAGAAAAGAAACGUUAUCACGGCAUUAUGUACUUGAAGUUGUGUAAUAUAGGAGGUUAUGGUUUUAUAAUAUUUGAUUAAAAGGUAGGGCUUUA